AUAACAAUUACGUACACAACAGUUCCACGGUGGAACUUUAUGACAAGUGCAGCCGUAUAACAAAGUCAGGAUCUGGCAAUAGUGAUAUCCCGGGGGUCGGAUAACUCCAUAAAGCAACUCCAUAAAGCAAUAAAUAGAAAGAGCAGAAUUCAAACAUCAUGGGACAACAUUGCUCAGCAUUUGCAACCUCUUUAGGAAUAAAAAAGAAAGAAUUCAGGAUUCUUAUGCACGGUCUUGAUGCUGCUGGUAAAACAACAAUGUUAUACAAGUUGAAACUUGGAGAAGUAGUGACAACAAUUCCAACCAUUGGAUUUAAUGUAGAAACACUCUCCACCAAGCAUUUGAAUAUCACGGCCUGGGACGUAGGUGGCAGAGACAAAAUAAGGCCCUUAUGGCGUCACUACUAUCAAAACACAGACGCAAUCGUAUUUGUUGUCGACAGCAAUGACAGAGAAAGAAUAGACUUCGCGAAGUCCGAGUUGGAAAAUAUUAUACACGAAGACGAGCUUAAAGAUGUUAUCGUCCUUGUGGUAGCAAACAAACAAGACCUUCCAAAUGCAAUGUCACCUGAGGAAAUUACAGAUAACCUUGGGCUACAUAGGAUGAGCCGCACACACAUUUGGCAUAUUGUUGGAGCAUCUGCUAUUCAAGGGACUGGGUACCAAGAGGGAUUUGAAUGGAUAGCCGAUAUGCUGAACAAUAAUAAGAUACAAACAAACUUCAAUAAGAAAAUUAAUGAUGCGGUUGAAGACUUCAAUGAUGCUAAGAGGGGAUUGAAUGGACUUGGUUAUUUAACAAAUUUCUUCAAAAGUAU